AUGGUUGUUAAUAAUCCAAAUAAUUGGCAUUGGGUAGAUAAAAAUUGUUUAGCAUGGUCAAAAACAUAUUUUGAAGAUAAAUUAACUAAUCUAACUGCAAAAGAUGAGGAUUCAACAGUGUCAAUUAGUUCAGUUUCAUCAGUUGAAGGAGAUGUAGACGUUUCACAAAGGAAAGGUAAAGUCAUAUCAUUAUUUGAUGUAAAGAUCAUAUUAGAGUUCAAGGGGAAAACUAAAAACGACCCAAAUGUAGAUGGUUCAAUCACUAUACCUGAAUUAUCAUACGACUCAGAUGAAUCUGAUUUACAAUUUCAAAUUUCAAUAUUUAAUGAAUCAAAAGAUAAUUUCUCAAUUUCAGAUUUAAUUAAACAAAAAUUAUUACCUCAAUUAAGAAAUGAAUUAAUUAAAUUUGGACCUGAUUUAAUUGAAAUUAAUCUGAAAGAUAUUCAAUUGGAUAAAGAUCAAGUUACAUCAACAUAUACAAAAGCAAACCAAGAGACUCAAAAAACAACAACUACUGCUUCUACUCCAGUUAAAGCGGUUGAAAAAACUCAAGAAAAACCAAAGGAAUCAAAAAAAUCUGUAAAUAAUACUAUUCCUAAAUAUAAUACGUCCACUUUACAUUUAGAACCAAGUUUCAACACCACAGCAGAACAAUUAUAUAAAACUUUCUUAGAAGAACCUAGAAUCACAGCAUGGACAAGAUCAUAUCCAAUAAUUGAACAACCAGUAAAAGAAGGAUCUGAGUUUAAAUUUUUUGGUGGAUCAGUCCAAGGUAAAUUUUUAAAAUUGGUUGAAAAUUCUGAAAUUAUUCAAUUAUGGAGAUUGGAUGAUUGGAAAAUAGGUCAUUAUGCUCAAUUGACAAUUAAAUUUGUUCAAGAUUCAAGUGAAACUAAAAUGAUUGUUAAAUUUACUGGUAUUCCAAUUGGUGAAGAAGAAAGAGUAAGAGAUAAUUUUGAAGAAAGAUAUAUUAAAUCAAUUAAAAUUACAUUUGGAUUUGGAGCUGUAUUAUAA